GGAGGGGAAGCCGGUGACGCGGGGCUGCAUGGCCCUGGCGCUGCGGCCGCAGCACGCCGCCGUCGGCGUCGUGGGUGCCGUGCUGCUGCGCCACGCGGACCUGCUGUACCAGGCCUUCCUGCACCAGGCUGGCUGGGGCGCCGACAGCGGCGUGAAGGCGGCGGUGAGUGCCCCCCGCAAGGCCGCGGAGGCGGCCACCAUCGCCGCGGCGGCGGCUGCCAAGGCGGGCGCGGCCCGCGAGGAGCAGUGCCAGCGGCCGCCCGAGUGGUUGAGCCUGCCGGAGCCUCAGCCCUGCCCCGAGCCGCCGGCCUGCGAGUGCCGGUGCGAAGGAGUCGUGGAGAAGGUGGUCGACGAGCACGCGUGGUCGGAGCUGCCCGCGUGGCAGGUGCCCGGGUCGGCCGUGGGCCACAUCCUGGUGGUGAGCGCUGGCAGCGGCCGCGCCGUCGGGGAGGAGGCGUUCUGGAGUGAGCUCCUCCCUGGCGGCUAUGUGGCCGUCUUCUACAGCGAUGACAACGUGUGGCACGAGAGACUGCUGCUAGGCCAAGUGGAUGCGCAGCACUGGGUGAUGGAGACCCCCGACCACGACAUGUACGUCGAGAACAUUCUCUGCUCCAGCCCUGAGGACGGCCCGUGCCGCGCCGUGGUGCUGGAGGACAGUGGCGCGCUGCCCGUCUUCUUGCGGGGCCGCACCUACCGCUUCAAGGACUACCUUGGGGAGGAGGACCUGUUGGCUCGUCUGCGCGAGGCAGGGCAGCUGGCAGUCGAGAUGGGUUACGACAGGCCCGCGCACUCGCUGUACCUGGACUCUCUGGGUGAGCGUAAGCCGAUGCCCGUGGCUGAGGAUGCCGAAGUCUUGAGGAGCUCGACUCGCUGGGUGUCCAUGGAGACGCUCGGCGCCAUCAAGCGCGGGGGCGAGAUCGAGCUGGCGGACAGCGACAAGGUGAUAGGCGAGCGGGCGCUCCACAGGCUCCCCGACGGCCAGGUCAUCACCGCGUGUCCCGCCUCCAGCCUCGCCGCCAUCCAGGAGGUGCGCGGCGCAGGAGAUGGGGCCGACGCCCGCGUGCUCUCGCCGGUCGUCUACGACCCAGGAGGACGCCGCUGGUCGGCGCUGUGGCUAUUCCAGUAUGCACGGGACCACGGCGGGACCUUCGAUGCGCGGCAGACGAAGUGGGCCAUGGAGCAGCGCAUCGCGCCUGACUCCACGGCGUUCCUGAUGCGCGACCUGGUUGGGCUGGCGCUGGACUUGUCGGUGUGCUACGACCAGUGCGACGGCGGCAACCUCGCCAGCGUGGAGGUGCUGGCGCGGCUGUGCCAGCUGGUGGGGGAGACCAGCGGGACACUGCAGCUAGAAGGGAUCGAUCACUACCUGGGCCGUGACAGGACGGGAGGGCUGCGUCGCGGUGUGGCGCUCAACCCAUCGCUGGCACAGUACGCGACGGAGAAGAAGAGCAAGGAGACGGAGGUGAUGAAGCAGCGGGGGAAGGCUCGCGAGGAGGAGGAGGCCGCCAAGAAGAACAAGGGAGGCAAGUCAAGCGCUGGCAAGGUUCAGGAGGCCACGCGCGACUCCAUUCGCGCGAUCAACCUCCUGGCGGGUUUUGAGACGCCCGAGGUGGAGUCCGUCACCGACUUGAGUGGCCCCUCCGCCUUGAUCUACAGCGACGCGCGGGCGCUGCGCUCGGCCCAUGACCCCGUGCCGGGGAAUUCGUUUACUCCGAGGGAAGCCUUUGAUGAGCUUCUCGGGAGCACGCCCUCGACCUACACGGAUGGUGACGAGACUUCCCCCGUUCGGCCCUACUCGCGCGACCUGGUCAGCUGGCCGGCCAAAGGCAACGCGCCCGUGCCCCUGGCCACCAACGCGCCGCUGGACUUGCUCCAGUACUUGACAGAGGGCCAGCGUGACGUGCGGCUGCGGCAGCCGCGCGAGGUGCAGCAGGCGCGGCAGGACGAGGGUCUGCCGACACUGUAUGGCGAUGCCAAUUUGAAGGAGGACCGCAGCGCCUACAUCGGAUUGAUCCAGGACGGCCUCGCCCGCGGGAUCUUCCGCAUGGCGCGUCGUCGGAAGGAGGCCAUCAAGAUAUUUUUCGUCAAGAAGAAGGACGGCAAGAUUCGCAUCGUGGUGGGCUGCCGUCGCAGCAACCAGCAUUUCGUGGACGCGCCCAAGGUGCACCUCUUCUCCGGCAGCAGUUUCGCCGAGGUGGAGGUCCCAGAGGGUCGUCAACUUUUCUAUGCAGGGGGCGACGUUCAGAACGCGUUCUACCAGCACCGCACGCCGGCCUGGCUGCAGCCCUGCUUCGGGAGGGACGCUGUGAAGGUGAGCGAGGUCGGCAUCGCACAGCUGGAUGGGCAGUACCUGGCCGGGGACACCAUGCUCUAUCCUCUGAUGAAUGUGGUUCCCGUGGGCUGGAAGUGGGCACUGUACAUCGUUCAGCGCAUUCAUGAACACGUGCUCGACGGAGUGCCCGAGUUGGGGCCGCGACGUCGGGCGAUUUACUUUCGACCACCGCCCCUACCAGAGGAGGGCGCGCUGCGCGCGGUCUACGUGGAAAACGUGCUGAUCGAGGGCCACGACAGGGACGAGGUGACGCGGCUGCGCCGAGUGGCGCGUGAGGCGCUGCAGGCGGCGGGCUACGCCACCCAUGACGAGUCGGACGCAGCCGAGAGCUUGGAGAUGCUGGGCGUCGUGCAGCAGGGGCAGCCUUGCCGCGUGGCCAUUGCAGACAAGCGGUACUGGAGGCUCUGGGAGGCGCUGGAGUGGUGGCACGAGAGGUGGCGGUUCAAGAACGAAGAGGGCCCAGCAGGGUUCAACCCGCGCGCCAACGCGUUGAAGGACUUCUCGGCGCUGGGGGUUGGAGUCUGGGAAGAUAAGGAGGUCGAUUUCAGCAACGUCUACGUUAAUAGGGAGUUCCCCGAGGUGGCCGCGAACGUGGUAGAGUCUACGUCGCGGCCGAGCGAGGCGCAGGAGGGCAAGCGGCAGAAGACCGGCCUGAACGUGUCGAGCUCGGUCGGGGCCAACCCCCGAGCUCCGGGUCACCCGAUCCUGGGCCUGCUGGAGCUCAAGGAGGCCGAGCGCGAGAAGGAGCUGAGGUUGCAGCAGAGGCGAGCCGCGAGGCGACUGGCCACCCACGGGGAGCUGCGGGACACGACAGAAGGCCCCAGUAUCACCGAGGAGGCCUCGCUGACGCUGAAGACCCGAGGUCAGUACAAGCGACUGCUCUCGGAUUUCCAGACGAAGCAGAAUGUCGUGGACCUCAGCCUGCACCCGGCGGAGCUGCACCCCCUCGUGGUCUGCUACUUCGAUCGGCUUUCUCUCGAGGGCAAGGCGCCGUCGACAGGGGGGAAGCUCAUUGCAGCGAUGCAGUAUGUGGUGGCGGUGUACAAUGCCAAGGGUAUGAUGACCCUGCCCAGGGCGACGCGGUCGCUGCGGGGCUGGCGCCGCCUGGUGCCCAGGCGGACCCGCCGACCCCUGCCGUGGGAGGUGGUGGCCGCGAUCGCGGUGACCCUGCUGCGCAUGGAGGGACUGGGCAUGGCGCUGGCCUGGCUGCUGAUGGUGGACACCUACAUGCGGCCGGGAGAGUGCCUGGAUCUCAAGACCUCGCAGGUGCUCGGGGCAACGUCGCAGCGGCACAUAGCGUCGGCGGCCAUCCUGCUGCACCCCGCCGAGCACGGCCAGUCCAGCAAGGUGGGGGCGGUGGACGAGAGCCUUAUCGUGAGUCGCCCCUGGCUGUCGGACAUACUGAUGAUGUACGUGGACACUCGCCCCAGCGGAAGCCCCCUGUGGAACUUCAGCCUGAAGCAGAUGAAUGCGAGCUUCAUCACCGUGUGUGGCGAUGUAGGCAUGAGCUACCUGAAGCCCGUCCUGUACAUGGGGCGGCACUCGGGUGCCAGUCUGGAUCGACUCCACAACCGCCUCGACCUCGCCGAAGUACAACGUCUGGGAAGAUGGAGGAGCAUGGCGUCGGUCAGGAGGCACGAGAAAAGGGCCUUGGCGCAGGACGUCUACAACAAGCUAGACUAG